CUUUUUAUGUUACCUGGGUGAUUAUCAGCGUAAGAGACCCUUAAAUGAUAAGAUUCUACAAUUGCGAAUGCUGACCUAACGUUACAGGAAAUCGUUGUUUCGAUUAUAUUCGAAUAUUUUUUUUUUACGAAUUUAUUAAAUUGUGCAUAACUUCUGAAUAUUUCUAAGGAUUUGCUAGGAAAUAUGAAGAUGGCUUGUUGGAAGUCUAUGUUUGUGUUGGUUAUAGUUGGCUGCUUAGAGAGUGUGUUGGCGCAACAAAGAGGCUCAUUCAACUAUGCCAAAAGAAGUGGAGGAGAACGAGAAGGGGAUUUGACUCCAGUGGCAAUUGCUGGUGUGGCUAUUGCAUGUGUUGCAGCAGUUGGUGGAUUGGUCGUCACAUUUUUCUUUUGUAUGUACGUGUACAGACAGCAGAGACAAGCAGACAGUUACAACAGCUCAUUCGAAAGAACAAGACGAGUUUAAGUUGGACAACAUACCAACAUACGUGGACUUAAUUCAUUGGAGAGAAUUGGAGAUGUGUUGUAUUCACAAAUAUAUUUUUGUUAUUAGCUUGAAAGAUUGAUAGGUAUGGUUGAAGAUAUCUAAACACCGCCCUUAAAAUAUAUUUUUAAAAAUAAUCUUACUAUUGACAUAUUUAAUAAUGGUUUUAAAUUUAUUUAUAAUACAAUAAUUACCCUUUGAUUUUAUAGCUAUUAAUCAUAGUUUAAAGAGGAUUUUUACCUUUGAUUAAUCGUGAUAAGUAUUUUUGACCUUGGCAAUCAUUAGUUUUUGUUUAUUAAAAAAAAUUGUCUUGAAUUUGGAUUAAAUAUGUUUGACAAUAUUAAUCAGAGUUAAAUAAAGUUUUUAUUUAUUCCCUUUCUUAAAUUUUGUUAAAUAAUAAGUUUUUUUUCUACCUAUUUCUUAAAGACGCAUUUGACUUUGCAAAUAUUAAUGAGAAUUUAAUAAGACUUUAUACUUCUUUUCUUUUUUACAUUUUAAAAUUUCGAUAAAUCAAGUAUUUGUGACUUUGACAAUGAUCAGUCAGAGUUUAAUCAGUUUUUUUAUUAUUU